AUGUCUUAUCGACCCCUCACUUCACAUCUACGGCAAGCGUCGACGUCAGGGAACCCAAACUCAGCAUCAACUGGUCAAUCCCCCAUAUUAGUAGCACGAAUAAAUGAAAAGAAGGCAGAACUAGAGAAUCUAAAACAGCUGAGAGACCUUAGCGCGGGGUUGGCAGGGCAGAUGCAGAUGCUUGAAGAGAAACUGUCGACGCUUUCAGAUGGCACAGAAGCUGUGGCCACCGUGUUAGGAAACUGGCAGAAUGUUCUCCGGGCAAUUAGCAUGGCGUCAAGUAAGGCUGCCCAUCUCCCGAGCUCUUCAUAUUCAGGAUCUAACAUCGACCCAGUGAAAAUCCCGAAACCAAAGAACACAGAGGGCGAUGAGGGCGACGGCCCACAGAAGCAAAGCGACUCUGAUGUGGAAUUACCCCAGACUCUUGUGAGGAUACCAACAGAGCAUGCGCCGAUGCUACAACAAUCAAGUUCCGGCGGGAAAGGUACUGAGGAAUGA